AUCGCCGCUCGAUCUCUCCGAACAAGCACUUCCAUGUAGCUCUCUCUCUCUCUCUCUCUCUCUCUCUCUCUCUCUCUGUAAGGCCAUGAAGUGCCGAUCCGUGGCCUGCGUAUGGCCGGCGACGCCGCCUUCUCUCCACCGCGUCACCGCCGCCGCCGCCCUUGACCAGCCCCCCACGCUCUACACCGGCGGAGCCGAUGGCUCCAUCGUUUGGUGGAACAUCUCCGGCUCCGAGGCCAAUCCGGAGAUUAAGCCAGUAGCUAUGUUGUGUGGCCAUGCUGCAUCAAUAGCUGAUCUAGCUAUUUGUUAUCCUUCUGCGGUGCUCAGAGAUGGAAAGACGGAGAGUUCAAGUUGUGGGGCUCUGUUAAGCGCGUGUAAAGAUGGUGUUAUGUGUGUCUGGAGCAGGGGCAGUGGACACUGCAGACGGCGGAGACAGCUGCCGCCGUGGGCGGGGAGUCCGUCCAAUCUGUGUACAUUACCAUCUAAUCGGAGAUAUGUAUGUGUCGGUUGUUCGUUUGUCGAUGCUAGCCAUUGGGUUGAGCAUCGGGCUGUUGGAUCCACACAGGAAGUUGAGCUUUCAUUGGACUCGGAGGCUCAUCAUAAGAGACCUCCCAAGUGCACUGUAGUUAUUGUAGAUACUUAUACCCUUACCAUUGUACAGACAAUUUUUCAUGGAAAUUUAUCAACUGGGUUGCCGAGGUAUAUGACUUUAUUUUCAUCUUCCGAGCAUGGGGAGAAGUAUUCUGCAGUCCUUGUUAAUUCAUAUGGUGGGAUGCAACAGGUUCCAAUAUCAAAAGACUCUCAUCCAGAUGGGGAGAGUAGGGGUGGCUUGCCCAGAAAUGGUUCUGAGCCUAAGAUAAUUGAUUGUACAAAUGGUUUUAUGGAGGAUGGGGUAGUAUUGUCAUGUGCCACCACAGGAAACAUUAUUGCUCUUCUGUUAUCUAAUCGCUGCAUCUUCAGGGUAGUGGACACUGCUGUUACUAUUGGAGAGGUGCCUCUGACAGGUGAUCUUUGUCCUCAGGGCAUUAAUGGUCAAUUGCAUCGUGCUGUGGGAUGCAUGUUUCUGGAAAAUGGUUACCAUGAGAUUCUGCCUGGGCAAUCCGACAGAAUGUGCACAGUCAAUUUUAUUAUUUGGAACGUCGAAGGUUCUGCAACUCUGUAUCUUGUUUCAUAUUCAGAUAACUUAUUUAAUUGUAGGCCUCUCUCUUCAGUAACUGCUGCUUCUCAUCCAGAGCGGUUAAGAUUAUCAGUUUGUUUCAUUCAAUUGAAAAAUUAUCUUCUCCGCAUUGAGUCAGUUUGCUUUGGUUUAAAAGAACUUUUCCAGUGGAAACCCCACAUCACAAUUUGGUCACUGUCAAGGAAUCAUGACCGUUCAAAGCACUUUCAACAGUGCGAAUUUGUUGGGGAAGGUGUUUCUUGUUUUGACUUGAUUUCAGAAUCUUCUCUACUCCAUGAAACCAAGGAUUGCGAUGGUCUGGAGCAGGGUGAUACACUUAAUUCCGAAUAUGCAAAUGGUCGACAUGCAGGAGGCAAUAGCCCUUCACUUAAUGAUCGUAUUGUAUCUUCUUCCAUGGUUGUUUCUGGUAAUUCAUGUGCACCUUAUGCUGUUGUUUAUGGCUAUUGCAAUGGCGACAUUGAGAUUGUACAAUUUGAUUUGGUUCAUGUGCCGGGUUAUCAUAGUGAAAGUUCUUCUCUCGAAGUAAAUUCAGAUGUAUGUAGGAGACAUUUCAGAGGGCACACGAGUGCUGUACUUUGUUUGGCAGCUCACCAGAUGGCAGGCAAUGCAAAAGGAUUGGAUUUCUGUAAGGUCUUGGUGUCUGGAAGCAAAGACUGCACCGUUCGAAUAUGGGAUCUUGACAAUGGCAAUCUCAUCACUGUAAUGCACCAUCAUGUGGCUCCUGUUCGCCAAAUUAUUCUCCCUCCUAAUAAGACUGAACAUCCCUGGUGUGAUUGCUUUCUCACUGUUGGGGAGGAUGCAUGUGUGGCACUUGCUUCACUUGAAACUCUAAGGGUUGAGAGAAUUUUUCCUGGACAUCCCUGUUAUCCUGAUAGGGUUGUUUGGGAUGGUGUAAGAGGUUAUGUUGCAUGUCUUUGCCGAAACUAUUUAGGAACAUCUGAUACUAGUGAUGUGUUAUACAUAUGGGACAUAAAGAGUGGAGCCAGAGAGCGGAUCCUCCGGGGAGUGGCUUCUCAUUCGAUGUUUGAUCAUUUUUGUAAGGGCAAUAGCAUGAAGUCAGUCUCUGGAUCUGUGAGGGAUGGAAGUACUUCUGUUUCCUCCCUGCUUCUUCCCAUUGCUGAGGAUAUUGGUUUUUCUAAACUUCAUAUGGAAAGCUCAGAAAAGGGAUUUUCUUCCUCUGGUGCAAUGGCAACGUCAAUUAAAAGGAUUGAGUCCUUCAGUCAUAAAGCCCUCAUUAGCAAGGAGAGCUCUACUGAAUCCUUCCAGGCCAGCUCAUCUAUUGUCCAAAGCAUCAAGCACUCCAUUAAGUGCUCUUGUCCAUUCCCUGGGGUAGCAACUCUUUGUUUUGAUCUCACUUCACUGAUGCUUCUUCCUCAGGGUGACGAGUUAUGUGGAAGUCAAAUUAGGAAAGCUGACUCUCCUUUGAAGAGAAACAAUGUUGCUGGGUUUGCUGAUAAUGGAGCUGGUCCAAACACAUCAAACAGUCCCGUGGAGUCCAACUGCAUUAGGUCGCUUGAAGAGAGCAUUGUACGGUUUAGCUUGUCGGUUUUGCAUUCAUGGGGGGUAGACAGUGGGCUUGAUCAAUUGCUAAUUACCGACAUGAAGUUGAUAAGACCUGAGAACUUCAUUAUUGCACCAGGUUUGCCUGGGGAUAAAGGGUCCUUUACAGUGACUUUUCCUGGUACAAGUGCUGUCCUUGAGCUAUGGAAAUUGUCCUCCGAGUUUUGUGCAAUGAGAUCAUUGACCAUGGUAUCCCUCGCCCAACGCAUGGUUAGCCUGUGCCAUUCCUGUUCAGUUGCCAGCAGUACCCUGGCGGCGUUCUAUACUCGGAACUUUGCAGAGAAAGUCCCAGAGACUAAGCCACCUUCCCUCCAGCUGUUGGUAAGUUUCUGGCAAGAUGAUAGUGAACAUGUAAGGAUGGCUGCACGAUCUUUGUUCCAUUGUGCUGCUUCACGGGCAAUUCCUCUCCCUUUGUCUAGUCAAGAGGUGACUAAUCACAUAAAGUUUGUGAGUUCUAUGGCUGGGAAAAAUGAAGAUGAACAUGAAAAUCCAGAGGAAAAGACAGUAUCUGAUAGAGCAGAUAUUGAAGAACAGGAAACACAAGAGAUUUUGCAGGUUGAGGAAUCCAAUAUUAUGAUAUGGCUAGAAUCUUAUGAAGUGCAGGAUUGGAUUUCAUGUGUUGGAGGAACAGGGCAAGAUGCAAUGACAUCUCAUAUUAUCGUUGCAGCUGCAUUAGCCGUUUGGUACCCCAGCCUUGUAAAACCAAGUCUGGCCACGCUGGUUGUUCAUCAUCUAGUGAAAUUGGUCAUGGCUAUGAAUGAAAAAUACAGUUCCACUGCCGCAGAGCUGUUGGCUGAAGGUAUGGCUGACAUAUGGAAGGUAUGCAUUGGAUCUGAAAUCCCCCGUUUGAUUGGAGAUAUCUUUUUCCAAAUUGAGUGUGUAAGCAGUACAUCUGCGAGUCCAGCCAUACCUAGUAAAAUUCGGGAGACUUUGAUUGAGAUUCUUCUUCCAAGUCUUGCAAUGGCUGACAUUCAUGGGUUUCUUAAUGCCAUAGAAAGCCAAAUCUGGUCUACUGCAUCUGAUUCACCAGUUCACUUGGUAUCCCUUACUACACUUAUUAGAGUUGUGCGUGGAGCUCCCAAGAAUCUGGCUCAAUUCCUUGAUAAGGCAAUUAACUUUAUUAUACAAACCAUGGACCCUGGCAACUCAAUCAUGCGGAAAACUUGCCUUCAGACUUCAAUGACAACUUUGAAGGAAGUUGUUCGCGUAUUUCCCAUGGUAGCACUGAAUGACAAUUUGACCAGAUUAGCUGUUGGUGAUGCGAUUGGAGAGAUUAGCAAUGCUAGCAUUCGUGUGUAUGACAUGCAAAGUGUGAUGAAAUUCAAGGUUCUGGAUGCAAGUGCACCUCUUGGACUACCGAGUUUUCUUGCAGGAUCUUCUGGGACGGCACUAACGACUGUGAUUUCAGCAUUGAGUUUUUCUCCGGAUGGAGAGGGUUUAGUUGCUUUCUCUGAGCAUGGGUUGAUGAUAAGAUGGUGGUCAUUAGGAUCAGUUUGGUGGGAGAAACUCAGCCGUAACUAUGUUCCCGUCCAUUGCACCAAAUUGAUUUUCGUUCCUCCUUGGGAAGGAUUUUCACCUAAAACUGCUCAGAGAAGUGUGAUGGCGAGCAUACUGGGACCUGGUGGGCAAUCCAGUCCACAGGAAAAGUUAGAUUGUGCAGGCGAGGACAGUUUGAACAUUUUGAUUCAUAAUCUCGACCUCUCCUAUCGCUUAGAGUGGGCCGGUGAGAGAAAAGUUCUUCUCACAAGGCAUGGCCAUGAGCUGGGAACAUUUCCAUUAUGAAAUUGCUAUUACGUCAUAUCAUGCCCAAGCUUGUGCAGUCAAGAAGCCUGCUCGUGCUGCUUUUGAUGAAAAUGGAAUCUGAAUGGUUCUAGCAUCGUCAUCAGGCAGUGUCUUGAUGGGUUUCGUAGAUCAGGUGUAGAGAACUUCCCCUCCAUUGGUAUGGCAUCAUCAGUUAAAUGCUCAAGGUUUUGUCGAAGUUGGGCAGAACAGGAUCUCUGUACAGGUGGUCAACGGUGAUUAUACAUCCAUUAUAUUUUUUCAGGCAUAUGAAAGUAAGGUUGAGGAGGAACAAUAUCAACUACUUUCUUUUGAGCUGGGGACUUGGCAGGCCGAUAGAUGCCAUUGAUAAAAAAAGUACCUGACUAUAAGCACGUCUUGUACAAAUUUUGUUUCUUUUCUUAUGCAUUGUUGUCUUCUCUACUUCAGUAUAAUUGCUGUUGUAAUGGCACAUCACUGACUUGAUAAUGUUUACAGGUAUUUUGUGAGACUAA